GUGCCAUAGGUUGUGGGGUUCCAUUUUUCGACCCUGGCUGCAGCUAAGCUCUGAUCGUUUAGAGCUUGGGCCCAUCCGCUAUGGCCUGGAUGGCGCGCUUGGAGGAGUCCGGCACCAUUGCUGGACGCUUCCAGAGACGGAGCGCGCGGAAUGCCUGGCUGGCAGUUCCCUUGCUACUUUGUGCUGCUCAGGCCUUUGUCUCUGGUGCGACUUCAUGGCAGGCGUCAAGACGACAUGGUCGUAUUGCCAGACACGGAGUGGAGGAGCUUUAUGCCGAAGGCAUGUCGUGCUUGAAGUCAGGGUCAGACUUGGCCAGAGGUGUGCGAUGUAUGCAGGAGGCUUCGGAGAAGGGAUUCGCGCCAGCAGAUACCGUGCUUGGCAGCGCUUACGCGGAGGGGAUGUUCGGCGUCCCAAGGGACUUGGACCAAGCCAAGUAUUACCUGGAGAGAGGAGCUGAGGGAGGUGACAACAGGGCACAUUUCAACCUCGGCAUCCUGAAACUCCGUGGGAAGAACGGUUUCCCACAGGACAAGAGGGCCGCAGCAACACACUUCCGCAUCGCCGGCGAGGCGGGUCACCACGACGCCUUGAUGAACCUCUCCCGGAUGUUUGCGACGGGUGAUGGUAUCCCACAAGAUUCGCAGCAAGCUGCGCAGUGUAUCAUCAAGGCAGCUCAAGCUGGUGACCAGAUGAAGGAAUUGCUGCAGAAGAUUAGUGAAGGCACUUUGGAUCCUUCCACGACCACCAAGCUCCAAGAGGAGAUGGAUCGCAUCCGAGACCGGGCGCAGCAGAUGCCAGGCUUCAUGCCCGGUGGAUGAUGCCCGGCACCGCCGGGCACCGCGCCGAAGGCUGCCGAACAGCAGUUUCACCUUGGCCAAAAAACAGCAGGAUUCAGUAGAAAAGCAAAGCCAGUGAAA